CCCUAAAUAUUUUACCGGUUAGCCCUGGAACGUCGCGUGCGGCGUCCUUGACAGAUUGACCUACGUGAGCACGUUCAGCGUCAUAAUUCCCCAUUCCGAGUUACAUAAAUGCGUUUUUAGUAACCUAUAUCAUUAUUAUUAUUAUUUUUAAAUAUACUUAAGUUGGUUUAAAACUCUUAAACUCUCGGUCUGAGUCGAAGCUAGCAUGAGUGCUAGCAGCAGGUCAAUGUUGACGUUAGUCCAGCGAUGUGUGGCGUUGAGUCACCAGACGACCGCAAGGUGUGCGCUCAUUCCACGGCCCACUUGGACCUCCUCGACCCGGACAGCGGCCUCUCUUCGGGGCUUGUGUCGUCUCCGGUGCCCCUCCGUCGCGAGGAUCACCCAGCGUAGCCUGUGCAGCGAGGCGUCAUGUGAGGAAAAAUAUCCUCCUCUUCCAGCCUACCAGUCUGACACAAUGCCCACCGGGACGAAGGAGGUGUACAUCGUGCAGGUGAAAGGCCUCCCGUGGUCGUGCACGGCCCAGGACCUCGUGCACUUCUUCUCAGAAUGUCGAAUCCGCGACGGCACGUUGGGUGUGCACAUGACCGUGGACCACCAGGGGAGGCCGUCGGGACGCGCCUUUGUGGAGAUGGAGCACGAAGAGGAUGUGAGCAAAGCGCUGGAGAAGCACCGUCAGUACCUGGGCCCUCGCUACGUGGAAGUGUACGAGGUAACGAACAGCGACGCCGAGGGCAUCCUGAAGAAAGCGGCGUUGUUUCCCGCCGAUACCCGGGUGGUCCGGCUCCGAGGUCUCCCCUUCACAUGCACUGAGGAUGACAUUGUGCGCUUCUUUUAUGGUUUGGAGAUCAUGGAGAAAGGCAUCACUAUGGUGAUAAAUAGCAGAGGGAGAAGGUCUGGGGACGCUUUUGUGUGGUUUUCCUCACAGGAAGCAGCCGAUGAAGCUCUGCACAGAGACAGAGAGCUCAUAGGGAACAGAUACAUUGAAGUGUUUCCCAGCAGCAGUCAAGAGAUUCACUCAACCUGGAGGAGUUCUUCACAAAGCGCAAACGACACAACGACCAGGAAGAGAGUCAGCCCCAUACCCACGCCCGCCACACCUGCCAGACCUGCUGCUGUAUCAGUUCCUAAUCCUAAACUCUCCAACCUGUCACAUCACGUCCACUUGAGAGGACUUCCCUUCCACGUCUCUGGAGAGGAUAUCGUUAAGUUCUUUGCCCCGGUGGUGGCGUCCAGGAUCCGCCUAGACCUGGGACCCGACGGCAAGGCGAGCGGCGAGGCAGACGUUUACUUCACCAGCCAUGAGGACGCUGUGGCGGCCAUGUCCAAAGACAGAAUGUACAUAGGUGAAAGAUAUAUUGAGCUGUUCCUCAAUUCAGCACCUGACAACGAAAGGUGAAAAACAAAAGAGCUUCAACAUCAGGUAACUCUUAUUUCUUAAUUCUUUUACAUUUUACACUUCCCUCUUAAUGCAGUUAUUUUCUCCCAUUUUUUCUUUGUUCUGACACACAGGAUUACAGUAUUUAUGCAAGUAUGGCAUCCAACAAUAAACUAUCCCUGGUGUAAACACAUUCACAUCUCCCUUGUUUUGCACUUGAAUUGAAAAGUAAACCCCAAUUUGUUGGCUUUUGUUGAGCAAUCUGAGCUGCUGUUGUACAAAUGAACGGUCCCAUUAGAAUAGUUGCUGUCCAAUUGAAAGGAUGCAUUUCCAAAUCAUUUGAGGUAUUUAAUUUUGUCCCCAAAACAUUUUUCCCCUGGUUGACCACAAUUUGGAGAUGCAUGCUUCACAAUAACAGAAACCCUUUUUUUAACCUGCAUUUGGGGGCGAGGGAUUAAAAUUUAAAAAAGUGGAACAUAUAUUUGAAAAAGAAAAAAGAUACAUAUAUUUGAACAUGCUUUGAAAAAAACUACUCUGCAUUUCAUAGGUAGAAAUAGGGAUGUUUUUCUAAGUUUAAAAAAGUCCUAAAUUGUAUGCAUGCUUCAACAAAACGGCUUAAAAAAAAAAUCAAAAUUCAACUUAUUUGUCAGAUGAAAAAAAUGCCUUCAACAACAAAUGGAUUUUUGUCAUAAAAAGAAAAAAAAUCUGGAUUUUCCUAUUAAAAACACAUUUGGAUAUGCAUCAUUUUGCUUGUUGAUGCUAUUUUAUUUGAUACUUUUUCAGACCAAAAGAAAAAAUAUCUAGGUUACAGUAGUUGUACAAAGCUUGAAUUCUAGUCAGCAGGGAUUUAAAAAAAAAAAAUCUGUUUAUUAUCGAAGCAUUUAUGUUAUAUUCUUUACUCAACAAAAAAUAACAUUCAGCAACUUGAGAUGAUUGAGACUUGUUUGUAAAAAACAAAAUAAAAAGUGCACCGAACAUGAAGACAAGAGGAAACUUUGUGGAUUAUUUGGCUUUAUUUCAAGCAGAUCUGGUCUUUUUUUUUUUAAUCUAAAAAGUGGAGGUUAAAAGAUUGUAGGCUGACUUUUACAUCCUUAAAACAGUCUUUUCAUUUUGACAACCAGGUGAAAUGUCUCCAUGACAAGACAAAAAGGCACAUUUUUUUUUUUUUUUUUGAUACAGUGAACCUCUGCUACAUUGUGGUUCAUUGCUCAGGCCCCCACUAUAACGCAGAUUUUUAAGUGAACUUUUUUUAAAUGGGUUUUUACAAGAUACAGGCAAAUCUGCAUUUAGAGUUACAGUAUGUGCCUUCAGUGUAGUACCAUACUGUGCCACAACAUGCCUGGCAGCAUUGAGCUCUACUGGAAGAGAUGUAGCAUGACAAAUGAAGAGACAGAACAAUUGUUUGUACGUGUUGCUGCUUUUUGUCUUUUGAAGUCGCAGUUGUUUGGUUUACAAUUACUGUAAAUCUAGCAAAUUUCCCUUAAGACUUUUAUUAGACAAAAUAAUAUGGUUUGGUUGAAUAUUUUGGUGUUUAAAUAAACAAUGGUUGUUUCUGUU